AUGACGGACACAGAAAAAAAGGCGCACGAAUUCGUCGCCCAGGCUGACAAAAAACUAAAAUCCGGGGGAGGAUUUUUUGGGUCUUUUUUUGGAGGAUCUUCUAAAUUGGAAGAUGCAGCAGAACUGUACCUGAAGGCUGGCAACAAUUUUAAGAUGGCUAAACAGUGGAGUGCUGCUGGGGACGUUUUCUGUAAGGCGGCCGCUCUUUACUUAAAGUUGGACAGUAAACAUGAAGGCGCUUCUCAAUAUGUAGAGGCUGGAAAUUGCUACAAAAAAACUGAUGCUGAUGAAGCAGUAAAGUGUCUUUUAAAAGCUAUUGAAAUCUAUACAGAUAUGGGUCGUUUCAACAUAGCAGCCAAGCACCACGUAUCCAUAGCUGAGAUUUAUGAAAAUGACAAAGUGGACAUAGACAAGGCAAUGUCCCAUUACGAGAAGGCUGCAGAUUACUACAAAGGAGAAGAGUCCAAUAGCUCGGCCAAUAAGAACCUGCUGAAGGUGGCCCAGUACGCAGCUCAGAUGGAGCAGUACGACAAGGCCAUUAAUAUCUACGAACAGGUGGGCAUGUCUACGAUGGAUAAUCAGCUGUUGCGUUACGGUGCAAAGGAUCAUUUCUUCCGGGCCGCACUCUGCCGGAUGUGCCAGGAUACUGUGGACGCCAUCAACUCCCUGGCCAAGUACCAAGAGAUGUUUCCCGCCUUUUCCGAGUCCAGAGAAUGCAAAUUACUCAAGAGUCUGCUAUCGGCAUGUGAGGAUCAAAAUGAGGAAAGCUUCACUGACGCAGUACGAGAAUACGAUAGCAUCUCUCGCCUGGACCAAUGGUACACCGCCAUUCUACUACGAAUCAAGAAGCAGAUCGACAACGAUGGCGAUAUGAAAUAA